GAGACGCGCAGUACAAUGGCAACAUGUUCGCCGGGCGGUGAUUCUGUUGAUGAAACUAAUGAUCCAGGAGCAGCUCCGUAUGGCAACUUCAUCAACUAUUACACCUUCAACCCUCCGGAGAACCGCCUGAGCCUGAUUCCAGCCACACUCCUCCAGGAUCUAGGUUACGGCCGCGGACACGGGACCACACUGAUGCUGGACGUGGGCUGUAAUUCAGGGGACCUGAGUGUAGCCUUUUAUAAGCAUGUGGUGGAGGAGCCCGUGUGUGAAGUGGACGUUCAUCUCCUGGGCUUCGACCUGGACGAGGCUCUGAUCGAGCGGGCUCAGCAGGCCAACCCUCUGCCCGGCAGCAUCUCCUUCAUCCCUCUGGACAUCACUACGGACACCGAGCAGCUGCAGGAUUACCUCACCGGACGUGGCUGCUCUCACUUCCACCUGAGUCUGUGCCUGGCCGUCACCAUGUGGGUCCACUUAAACCAAGGAGACUCGGGCCUGCUGAAGCUCCUCUCUCGCCUGGCCUCCAUCAGCCAGCACCUCCUGCUGGAGGCCCAGCCCUGGAAGUGCUACCGCUCGGCUGCCCGGCGGCUGAGGAAGCUGGGCCGCUCCGACUUUGACAACUUCAAGACGCUGAAGAUUCGGGGGGACAUGGCAGAACACGCCAGGGAGCAUCUGGAGGGACACUGCGGCAUGGAGCUCAUCCAGAGUUACGGCAGCACCGUAUGGGACCGAAAACUGCUGCUGUUCAGGAGGAGAUGAGGACGGGAGGGAGAGUCAGGUUUUCAUCUGCUGCACAGGAGCUGCAGGGAGAUGAUCAGGGAAGACAAAGCCACAGAGACAAAUGUGGGGAAUGGGAGAAAACAGGGUCUCAUUAUUCAAACAUUACUUAGCAUCAGUUUAUCAUAAAAACAACUUCACCGGUUCCAGCUUCAGAAAUAUGAAGAUCUGUAUUUAUCUUUGUCUUAACAGAGUAUUCAUGUAAUCUCUUGGAUUUGACAUACGAAAUAAACUGAAGACGUCACAUUAGGCUGUAGGAACUGGUGAUACAUUUUUUUGUCUGACCCACCAGCCCAAAACCCAAAGAUUUUUUACUUCAGAAAUAAAAAAUAAAAAUGCCAUUAA